ACACCACCUCACUCGUGUUAGCUCGGAUCUGUAGCAAAGAGCGAAGAGCGAAGCUGCAGCCUGCAGCUACGCUUGUUCGCUUGAGACCUAGGGUACGAGCAACAAUAAUAGAGAGUGACUGAGUGAGCGAGCACUGAGUAGCAAGGGCCCGGCACAAACAGGACGCAGCCGGCAACGUGUACGUCGAACCAAACAGAGAACAGCUAGCUAAUCGAUCGGUCGCCAUGACCAAGGACGACGCCGUCCCGGUGGCCGUGGCGCCGGCGAAGCGCCCGCCCAUCAACAAGUACGCCUUCGGCUGCGCUCUCCUCGCCUCCAUGAACUCCGUCCUCCUCGGCUAUGAUAUCUCGGUGAUGAGCGGCGCGCAGAUAUUCAUGAAGGAGGAUUUGAAGAUCACCGACACGCAGAUCGAGAUCCUCGCCGGCGUCAUCAACAUCUACUCGCUGUUCGGCUCGCUGGCGGCGGGCAUGACGUCCGACUGGCUGGGCCGGCGGUACACCAUGGUGCUCGCCGCCGCCAUCUUCUUCACGGGCGCGCUCCUCAUGGGCCUCGCCCCGAACUACGCGUUCCUCAUGGCCGGCCGCUUCGUGGCCGGCAUCGGCGUCGGCUACGCGCUCAUGAUCGCGCCCGUGUACACCGCCGAGGUGGCGCCGACGUCGGCGCGCGGCUUCCUCACCUCGUUCCCGGAGGUGUUCAACAACAGCGGCAUCCUCCUCGGCUACGUCUCCAACUUCGCCUUCGCGCGCCUCCCCGUCCACCUGAGCUGGCGCGCCAUGUUCCUCGUCGGCGCCGUGCCGCCCAUCUUCCUCGGCAUCGCCGUCCUCGCCAUGCCGGAGUCGCCCCGGUGGCUCGUCAUGCGGGGCCGCAUCGAGGACGCGCGCCGCGUGCUCCUCAAGACCUCCGACUCGCCCGACGAGGCCGAGGACCGGCUCCUCGACAUCAAGAAAGCCGUCGGCAUCCCCGAGGACGCGUCCGAUGGCGAGGACGUGGUCGCCAUCGUCCGCGCGAACAAGGCCUCACAGGGAGAGGGGGUGUGGAAGGAGCUGCUGCUCAACCCGACGAGGCCCGUCCGCCGCAUGCUCGUCGCCGGGCUCGGCCUGAUGUUCAUCCAGCAAGCCACCGGCGUCGACUGCGUCGUGAUGUACAGCCCGCGGGUGUUCGAGCGCGCCGGCAUUAAGUCGAAGACGAACUCGCUGGGGGCGUCCAUGGCGGUGGGCGUUUGCAAGACCUUCUUCAUCCCGAUCGCGACGCUCCUCCUCGACCGCGUCGGACGGAGGCCGCUCCUCCUCGCCAGCGGCGGCGGCAUGGCCAUCUUCCUCUUCACCCUGGCCACGUCCCUGCUCAUGAUGGACCGGCGGCCGGAGGGCGAGGCGAAGGCGCUAGGCGCCAUAAGCAUCGCCGCGAUGCUGUCGUUCGUGGCGUCGUUCGCCUCGGGGCUGGGCCCCGUCGCGUGGGUGUACACGUCGGAGAUCUACCCGGUGCGGCUGCGUGCGCAGGCGGCGGCCAUCGGGACGGGGCUGAACCGGCUGAUGAGCGGUGCCACCACCAUGUCCUUCCUCUCGCUCUCCAACGCCAUCACCAUCGCCGGGAGCUUCUACCUGUACGCGUCCAUCGCCGCCGCAGGGUGGGUGUUCAUGUACUUCUUCCUGCCGGAGACCAAGGGCAAGAGCCUGGAGGACACCGUGAAGCUCUUCGGCAAGGACACAGACGACGACGAUGACGUCGACACUAGCCGCCAUGAGCGCAAGAGGUCCACUGAGCUGAGCGCUCAGCACUGAACAGAACACGUCCGUCCCGAGUCCGAGUGUGGUCGAAGCCUAUUCGUUCUCCGAUAGAAAAAAGCUUCGACAUCGUGUGUUGCUUUGUGAAUCUUCAGAUUCUGGCCACUUAGGUUAGAUUGCUAGACUUUUGGAUCUCGUGCACAUCAGCUUGUUGGCCUUAGCCAACAUGUAGGGACAUUGAGCUGCUUUACGGGGGAAAAGAUCGUGUGAUAUUCCACACUGCAGGGACGAGUCCACGUAAAAAGGUCGCAGUCACCGUUGCGGUUACGCAGCUUGGCACGGAUCUGUGGGUCUUUUUCACCCUGUACAACAAUUCAACCGGCCAAUCCUUCGACGACAGCAUUGAGAUCCAGGGAGCCAGGGUCUACCUGGCUAUGUUUUCUUGUUCAGAUAUUACCGUGGCAGUGUAAUUGUAUACGAGUCUAUAAUGUAUAUAGCUUUUUAUGUAUAUGACUCGAUCACUUUUGUGUCCCUGUGUGACUGUCGCUUAAUAUAAAGGAGAUUUCCUUUUAUUUGUUUUA